AUGGCGAAUAUGCCCGCACAGCAACAGCAUGACCUUAAUGAGAUCUUGCAUUCAACAGGGCCUUACAAUCAGAUUGCCGACAGUGGCCAACCACAGCUUACAGAAGACACACACAGCCGGUCCGGACCUACGGAGCCUAACGCAGGAGAAACAGAUGGGCUGUGUCUAUUACCCGAGACACCAUCUAGCGAAACCCGCUGGAGCGAUAUGAGAUUGGACGAUAUCCAAUUGCUGCUUGAUCCUGUCUUCUUGGAUCGGGAUGAAGACAGUCAUUUGCAGCAUGUCCCAGCAAACGCUGUCGGGGUGCCGUGUAUUGACAUUGACCCGGCCGACACGUUUAAUUUCCUGGCCCGAAUUGCGAACAAGGAAACCGCUCCACUUGAGACUCGAUAUGACUGCGGAUCGCUGUACGAAAGGCAAUGGGCAGGGCGAGAGGUUAUGAAUGAUGCUAGCUCGAGACAACACGUAGACCAGCGGACAGAUUCGAUCGCCUCUCUAGAUCAGCAAAAUGUUGGUACUGCAAAGGAGUCUUCGUCAUACCCACUGGACGUCUCUCCGGACGACCUUUUCCCUCCACAGAAAUCAACUUCACUAGUUAGACCAGCAUCCGAGAUCGUACAGCAAAUACGAGAUCUUUCUCAACGCUCGACAAUCAUGCAUACAUGGACCCCGCAGCUAGAGAAGGACUGCGUCCGUUUCUUCAGUCCUAAAAACCUUGAAAAGUUCAUUCGGAUUUACUGGACGUCCUGGCAUCCACAUUAUCCCGUCAUUCACAAGCCAACGUUCUCCAUAGUUCAUGCUCCGCCACAUCUUACAGCGGCCAUGGCGACGAUAGGAGCUUGUUUCUCGCCCAACCCCAAUGACAGACACAGUGUCAAGCUCUGGCUAAAUAGUGUGGAGGAGAUGGUUUUCCUAAACAAGUAUUUUGGCGACAUCAUGCUGCAUGACCCUGCCACCGUCAACGUGAGGGAUAUUGUCCAGCUUCUUCAAGCUGCACACUGUGUAUGCACGUACCAGAUCAGUGAAGGAAGCCAAGUUAGCCGGAGAAGGAUGCGGCGUCAGCGGUUCAGCAUGCUUGUUUCGCUGGCCAGAGAUUUGAAUCUAUUCAAUGUGGCACAUAGUAGUCUCGACUCAUUCCAUGGAAAUGACUUUUGCUGGGAUAGCUUUAUUGCCACAGAAGAAUGUAUCCGGUAG